UCCACACACACCUUGUUUCACGCCAGGCUUAUGCCAGGGAAGAUGGUGUCUCUCACGGAGUUUCAGAAGAUCGGCGUCGGUCUUGUGGGCUUUGGCCUAUUUUUCAUCUUUUUUGGGGUGCUCUUGUACUUUGACUCAGUGCUGCUGGCCUUUGGAAACCUCCUGUUCCUUUCUGGCUUGGCCAUUAUCAUUGGACUGAGAAGGACUUUCAACUUCUUCUUCCAGAAGGAAAAGCUAAAGGGCACCAGUUUCUUCCUGGGAGGCAUUCUCAUUGUGCUCCUGAGACAGCCUCUUCUGGGCAUGUUGCUGGAGAUCUAUGGCUUCAUCACCCUCUUCAGGAAUUUUUUCCCAGUAGUCUUUGGAUUUCUGGGAGCUUUGGGAAAUAUUCCACUGCUGAGCAAGCUAUUCCAGAAACUAGGAGACACCAGCUCCUUGGUAUGACCUGGAAGAGUUUCCAACAGCUAGUGGAGAUAACGUCACCUGCUUUAGACACCUGGAUCCGUGGGCAGCCGGCUCUCAUUGCACAGACACUAAUCUGCGGUCUCUCCAAGCCAAGAGCCACCUGAACUGGACAUGCUCUUUUAUUGUGUGAAGGAAGCCGCUUGGAGCCAACAGAUCCUGCUACCAAUUAACCCAAA